GAUAUCUUCGUGUUCUUCUCAUUAGGCUUGACAAGCAUCACACAAUGCCAAUUAGAGCUGUCCGUUUCGGUCUAAAACCCGAAAAAUGUCUCCAAGUAUCGACUACAUUUUACAAUAUUUGAGUAUAGCACUGCUGUACUUUGUGGGAUUCUUAGGAGGCACUCACGUACUGGGCAUCCUUACGCUUUACCAAAUAUUUUUUUAUACACCCUUAUGGCCGGUUGUACUUCUCUAUUUAUCAUGGACAUAUCUUGUUGAGUGGAAAACCCCAGAACGUGGCGGAAGAGACCUUCUGAUAAACUUUGUACGAAGGCUCUCUGUUUUCAAGUACAUGAGGGAUUACUAUCCUAUUACCCUCGUCAAAACCAGCGACCUCGAUCCACAGAAGAAUUACAUUUUUGGAUAUCAUCCCCAUGGAGCUUUUACCGAAGGAGCAUCGAUAGGAUUGAAUACAGAAGCAUGUGGAUUUAGUGACAAGUUCCCCGGAAUCAUUCCACAUCUGUCCGUGACAUCAGGUACUCUAAAUCAACUCGAAUCGCCAUAUUAUCGAUCAGGUUUGGUUGACUUUUUACGAUUGAAAAUUUUAAGGAAACAGUCAAAAGUUUACAGUAAUUUUACUAUUACAGUUUGUGUUUCGUCUGGGAAUUAAUUUAUCUUUCUUUCUACUUUCGGAAAUAUGCGCACAACUGAUCUGUUGAAAAAAUAUUCAACCAUUUAAAUCUUGGUCAUUUGUUACAAAACAUUUCGGUGUAAAAUCAGUAUUUCUGGACUUGUGAACUAUUGGACCACGGAUCGUACCUCGAUUUCUUCAUAAUCCUUUAACUCAAAUAUUAAAACACCUUUUCAAAUCAAUAUUUCGUCAGCUUUUCAGUGAGUACAAAAAGUAUGGGCUCAAAUUCUCGGCCCAUCCUUUUUUUAUAUCCCGACUGUGCCCAAAGUGAAACUCCUGACAGACACUAGGUGGCCAAACUACACCCUUGUAACCCUUAUGUAAGAGAUACAGAAAGGCAAAAGAAUAUUUAUCUCUAGUUUGCUGUUUUUCCGGAUUUUUUUUGUGCAGCAAUCCUUAAAGCCUUGUUAUACCGUGAUAUUCUUAUGGCCCUUGGCGUGAUCGAUGUAUCACGUCACAGCUUGGAAUACAAUCUGACGCAGAAGGGGGCGGGACACUCGGUUGUCAUCGUUGUGGGAGGAGCAGCGGAGAUUCGUGAAAUGGGCUUUGACAGCUACGCACUGAUAAUAAAACGGCGGAAAGGAUUCAUGAAACUGGCUUUGCAAACUGGGUGUGUAUAAGACUUGGAGUUUCUUAUCAGUUGGAAAGUCGUCUAUUACCAAAGGUUUCAUUGAUUUACUAUCACUGUAAUUUCGAUUAUCAGUAUUUCCAAAGCAUCAUUGUCCAGCCUAUAACUUUAUGGGAUCCAUCUUUUCACGUCUUAUCUGAUUUCACCAAUAAGUAAAUCUGACGACGACACGGAUGGUUUAUAAAAGCCUGACGCGAAAUAGAAAGUUCGUACUUAGCUCAAACUCGUGGGGUAAAAAGGAAAUUUCUUACCUCUUAGGAAUUCGCAGAGACGUGAACCUUUUCUGAACUACGCUCCUUGAUUUCCGUUAUUCAGCAUUUUUCAUUCGCAUAUUUAUUAAUUUAUUUUUAAUCUUUACCAUUAGUUUUUAUCAAUUUUUGAGAGGCACCCUCUGGUUUGGUAUUCCUGGUUGUAACUGUUCAGUUCUACAUCACUCAGAGUUUUGAGAUGAAUCGUAAUCAGAUGGAAAUGUUUAUCAUUUUCAGGUCCGAUCUCGUCCCUGUCUUUGGGUUUGGACAAAAUAAUAUUUAUCAAGUUAUUGGCGGCAGUAGAUCCUCUCAAUUUUCACGAUUUCAGCGUUGGCUCAGGUCUUUUACUUCUUGCUUAGGAACUUGCUUUCUUCCGAAACGAUCUCCAAUCAACGUUGUUGGUAUGCAGAAAUCUUGAUAAGCACUUAAUGACUGGCCACAAGGGAAACAGUGAGUUUUGUUUCCCUAAGACCUUCAAUGUUCCCCGAUGUGACGCCAAGGAGAAACUAAACUCACUGUUUCCCAUGGUGCCAGUGUGUUUUUUUUAUACUUCAAAGCUCAAAAAAUAGAACAAAUUGUAGAAGAGUGGCGCACAAACUUGCCCCGAUUUCAAGGUGCAUUUCCCCAUCAUGUUUGAGUCGAAAGUUUAAGUUAUUUAGAGGGAGUUUGUGAGUUUUGACUCAUGACACGUGAUACGUUCUUCCCUCCAAUUGGAAAGCGCUUUUAAGUUGGGAGGUGAAACAAUACUUUUGAUCUAGCUUGAAACUAUUACGACAAUCAUUUGGUAGUCAUAACUUCUACGUUUUUUUCAAAAACUGUGGAAGGACCGUUAGUUCUUUCUGCCUUCAUCAUAAUUGACAUAAGUGGCAUUUAUAAGUUCAGUAGUUAUUUGUUUUGAGGAGACGAUCUAUUCAGUACCGGUUUUAAUUUUCUAUUACACAGUGGGAUCACCUGUUCCUGUGACCAAGAUUGCCAACCCAACACAGGAAGAGAUAGACCAACUUCACGUGCAAUAUUUAGAAGCACUUACCGAUCUGUACGAGAAAAAUAAGGACAAGUAUCAUCCAACAGGGACUUCAGAGUUAUUGAUCAUUUAGCUAAGAAAGUAAGCCUCAAAAGUGUUGUUCCAGCAUCAGUAAAUCAAGUCUGUUUCGUUCUGUUUUUUUUCCGUUUUUAUCCUCUCACACAAAGACCUUACCAGGCAAGUGUAUGGUGACUACAUUGAACAGAGAACAAUUAAAACUGGCCGAUUUUCUCACAACUUCCUGUCUUUGCCUAUUGUAAACCUCAACUUCACACUUGCAUUUCAUUGAGAUAAUCGCGGUAAAUAUUUCCGAUGAAUUUUAGAUGGAGAGAGUUUAACAACUACGCUUGCUGCAGCUAGCAAGAAUUUAACUCUUGUAGUGUGCCGCUUUCAGUCGUUUGUCGCAUUAAUUCGAAAAUAUUCUUUUGUGUAUGAGGAGGUUACAAAGGUUGUGCUUCUUUAGCAUAGAAUUCGAAUCAAGUUUAGCGAGAAUGUAUUUAGAAGUCUUUAAUGAAGAGCUAUUAUAAGCUGAUGAUUUAUUUGAAAAAGUUAUUAUUAUGCUAUCAGCAUUGUCAAUCUAAAGCGUUUGUAUGCUGAUCUCGAGCGUGAAAGUAAACCCUUCUCAGCGCGAGUUUCAUUAAAAGAUCUCCAUUUCGCUUGUUUUCACUGACUUCUUUGUGUACAUGUACCUAAACAGCCAGUCCACAUUCGUGCGAACGAGAUUUGAAGAAUGCAUAAAGAAGAAUAGUUCAAAAAAGAAUGUUGUAUAGCGUUUCCCCCACAUUAUCAAAAUUUCGAGUCUAUACUAAUAAUCGCGAUUUCAAACUAGAAUAGGUUGCGCGGGUCGGUUGCGCGCCUGGAGAGCAGGAAAAAAUGAGAGUGAGACUGGGGCGGAAAGCAAGUCGCGGUCGCAUGGUUACGUUUUCAAACUUGAAACAAAGAUGGCGUCUGGAAAUCCCUUGAUAACACUAGAACGAAUGCUUAAUGGCAGGACAACGUUAAAAACACAGAAGGUGACACACACAAAUAUCGUGUGUAAGUAUAGAUAUUUCCUUUUCUGACAUUAUGCGUGAGUAUGAAAUUUCCAACCAACUUAGUGAUUUUGUUCUAGAUUACUUGAUCACUAAUUUGGUUCUAUUGAUCAGCUGAGUUGAUAACGUGAAUAGUGGCUUCCGCAGAGAGAAAAUAAAGCUGACGUUUCAGAGCGAGUAAUUUGUUAACACUACGACGAAUGCGAUAUGCUAAAUGACAGGAUGACAGCUCUGACAAAAUGCUAACGCUCUAAAUGUCAGCUUCAUAAUUUCUCGACGGCGUCCAAUUCACAUUGCGUUAUUAACGCAGCUGAUAGAAACAAACAUCUGUUCCUUUUAGUGACAGUAGAGAAAGAAAUUAAAGAAUUUUUGAAAGGCUUCAUUUGAGGGGAAAGCCUUCAGGCUGAAGAUUUGAAUUAUCCAUCAUUUUCUUCUUCAAGUGAUACUGUUAUUAUAAACUAAAUGACCCUGUAUAUUAUUGUCGGUAGGCAUUGGAACAGAACUUUUAAAUGAAAUACAACAAGUUAUGAGAGAAGAUAAAGGAAAAGCUGUUCGAGAAGCUGUAAGUUAAUGUUAAGCACAGUCCACAGCACAGAGUGGGUUUCUGUAGAAUCAUUUACUCGCACAGAGCAGCUUAGAUGUUCCCUGUCCCUUCAUAUAUAUAUUUGUUUCUGUUGAAACUUAGAGAAUUGUUGUUCCCUUAAAAUGAGUGAUAUGCUUUUCUUCUGAAGUUAAAACAACUCACUAAUAUUAACCCUUUAAUCUAAGAGUGACCAGCAUUUAAUUUCUCCAUACAAUAUCACCCCUGAAUCACACAUUAAGACCAUGAGAGUAAUGGAAAUGAUCAACAAGUACAGGAGCUCUUGAUUGUUAAGCAAAAUCUCCUUGUCAGCACCCUAGGAAAUGUACAGAAAACCAUAUGGAGAAUGUGCAUACUGAUCUUACGAUGUAAAGGAUUAAGGAAUUACAAUGUAGCUUUCCCAAAUGCAAUUAGAGGUGUCUUGACUGUUUAAACUUUUUUUCGCUCAACAAGGUUUGGCUAUUCAGCCUUCCUGAGGAAAAAAUUACAGGAUUCUUUCAAAAAUCGUGCUAGACAGAUUCAAAAUAGCAAAUCAAAAGUUAUGAAAAAAAAAAACCUCUCUGUCCUGGAAAUUAGAGUAUUUUUCGGAGUGUUUUUCUUGGUUAAUUUUUUUCUAAUCAAAUUAGUACCUAUUUCAAUAUAUUUAUUUAUUUUAGUGUUGAUUAAAAAAAUUUUAAUGUUCUGGAUAAACAACAGGUUGCUGCAGCUGAAGCAAAAGCACGUGCGGAAUUGAAAAAAGCUCUCCAAGAGCAAAAAGAACAGAUGGAGGGAGAGAGAGAUCGUGCACUGGAGGAAGCUAGACUGGUAAAUGACAUUAUCACAUGUAUGAGUCUCUCUCUAGCCAUAUAAUCUUUGGACAAACACUUUGUUGGGUAAAGGGAGGGGAACUGUUGAACAGCAAGGCUUAUAGGUGGCAACAUAAAGGUAGUUACAUAUCCAGUUAUUUAGGCAAUAUUUUUUUAUGUAGAUAUCAUGAUCAACACUAAGUAUCACUUUGAAAGGUUAUAACUAAAAGCGAGCUUUAAAAACUUGAUGAUUUUUAUCACUGCUUUGAAAAAGUAUACAGAAAGAUUCAGUGCCACUUAUUGCCUUCUAAGAUUCCCAAGGCAAGAGCAACCUUACUGUUAGAGAUGUCUUCAAAUGUGCUAAAAAUGUCCAAUGUUAUUUGGUGUUAUUCUGCAACCACUGAGUGAUGUAAAACUGUUAGAUUAUCUCUUUCAAAAUCUAUAGGUCAUCAUUAACAUAGUUGCCACUAAGUAAUUUGGCAUUAUCAACUGUGUUGAUAACUUAAAUUGGCCACCAUAAAGAGUUUAAGAGCUGACAUUGCAAGGGUUAUCCCUUUGUCAAUCGCUCUGAUGAAGGACUAACACUCAAAAUGUCAGCUUUUUGACUCUUUACAGAGGCCAAUUUGCAUCAUCAACUCAGUUGAUAAUAGUAGAUUACCCUGUUAUUCUCUCACACUGACGCAGCACCACAGUUUCUUUAGAAACUUACCCCCUUUAUAGAUGCCACUGAGUUUGGUGGUAUCACUGUAAGAAGGACAACUUCUUACUCCCAAGAUCUAAGUAUCAACUCUCUUUACUGUUUGCUAUACAAUUCUCACAAUUGUAGCUUUGAGAAUUUGGUGUUAAAUCAAACAAUAUCUCCUUGAUUUAUGUUUUUUUUAUCUUCUUUACACCUUUCUCUUCAAAAAGUGUAGAGGUAUGAAAAGGAGCAAAUUUCUCUCGGUCACUCCUGGUAUUAUAGGGUUAAAUUUAUUUUUUUUUUCAGCAAGCGGAGGAACAAAUGGCAGAAAUUAGGUACAGAUGUGAGGUCGCAGAAAAAAAGCGGGCUCGCUCGGCGUUGGAAAGAUUUCAAAAAGAAAAGAGUGAUGCUUUGCAAAAAGCAGCUGAAGAAGCGGAGAAAAACAAACAGGAAGCUCUGAAAAAUCUUACGGAGACGCUCACAAGAAAGCUCAGAAACGAAGCAGCCCUUCAAAGAGAACUGGCUGUUGGUGAAGCACUUGCAGUUGCGAGGGUAAUUUUAAACGUUUACGUAAAGUUUAUUUCCUCAGUAUCUGUUCAAGGACUAGAUGACAGUGUUUACAAAUACUUAAACUUUUAUUUUCUCUAGAAAAAUGCCGAGCGUCGUCGACAAGAAUCAAUCGAAGAAACAAAACUAGAAUGCGAAAGAAAAUCUACAGCAGAAGCGUCAAGAGUUGCGCGGGUCCACCAGAACAAAGUGAAUGAACUCAAUCAAAGGUACAAACAACGUCAUUUGAUUUCGAAGUUCUUGGUUGAGUCUCUAAACGUUCCAUCACUUUCAUUAAAGUAACACGUGACUGUGCUGCAGUACCCCUGCUGACCUUUCAACUCCCAAGAUCUGAUUGUUAAUUCUCCCCUCUAGCUGCUACACAUUUUCUUGUAAAAUAGUUGCGAGAAUUUGGUGCUAGAUCAAGAAAACAACUUCUACGGGAUCAGUUUGAGUAUUCUCAUUACCCAUUUGCUGGUAAAAUGUGCAUGCUGUUAGAAGGUUGAGUUGAGUAAAAUUCGUCUAAAAGCAAGCGGUGGGGGUGGGGAGAGGGGGUAGCGUUUACAUAUAGAAGAUGAAAACAGAACUAUAGGCCGUGUGUUUUUCUGUGGGGGAGGGGGGGGGGCGCGGAAAGGGAAAGAGCGCGGGAGAUGGCGUAUAUUGAUUGGGUAUUACGGAAGACGAAUGAAAUCGGGGACAAAUAUCAUCUGUAGGUUGUCCUUCCGACUCUCCCACCAUUUUUCGCCACCUCCUUUUUCGGCGGUCUUCAUUGGCGGGCAACCUGAACUAAGCUGCAUUUGAUUUCGUUUGUAAGAAGCUCAUGAUAUCUGCACUAGGCGCUGCCCCAACAUAAUGCGGGCUCUAAUCCUGUGCUGCAAUUUUUUUCCAGGAUUGAUCAGUUGGAAAGAAAUUUAGAAACUGAAAACGACGCAAAGCUCAAAGUAGAGAAUUUGUUCCAAGUAAGUGUUAAGUACUGAGUGACGCGAAAAGUUUGCGGCAGUUUUAUUUCGGUGGUUGUCAAUGUUUUUUUUUUUUGUUGUUUUACCGCAACGGAUAAUUUUUGGUUUGAGGUGACGAAAAUUUCUGUGGAAAACUAAUUUCAAUUUGGGAUUGGCAAUUUAAGCUUCAAAACCUUAACAGGGAUAAGAGAGCUAAUAUUGUCAAAUUUUAUAACAUGUCGAGUUAUGCAGAGGGAUGAUACCUGGUGGUUGAUUCAUCGAUGAAAAUUCUGAGUGGGUCCAAAUACAAGAAUCCGAUUUGAAACUUGAUUUGCAGGUGGAGGUUUUCGUUGAACUGCUGGUAGGAAAUUUGGCGGCCUUCUUGCGGGUUUUAAUUGUGCGUGGUGCGGUUCGACGAUGAAGCAUGAAAUCCGCAAAAAUUUAAAUUCGCAAAGUGUGAACGCAUUUUUCGAAAUACAUUGAUUAACGUGUGAUUCCAGACCAAAUUUCAUUGCACUUUUAAACACUAAUACUAAUCGUUUCGCAUUCUUUCUUAGACAAUUUUUAAUAAUAAUUUCCAAUUUUGAGAAUUUUUUUGUUUGAGAUGGCUGAAGAGACAUCUAGUUGUAAAAUUUACUAAGUCGUGGACUUUUUAAUACGCUUUUUAACGUUUCCAAUCAUUCUGUGAGUCGUCUCUAAUCGUUCGUCAGCUUCUUCAGUAGUAAUGGGGCCAGUGAUAGUCUUCACGCCUUCUCCAUUUUACCUACAUACUCGAAAUCUACUGGAGCUUGCUCGACACCCCGUUUUGUUUCGGAAAAGUUUUCUUAUAACACUUUUUAAAAGGAAACAGAUCUAUACGUGAUAAGAAAAACGAAAAUUCAUUUACAUGUUUUCAUUCUUGAACCACGUAUGCCGUUUCACUUUUCGCCUUUCUAGCGUACGGAGAAGCGCGUACGGAGAGGCACUUUUCUCUUGCAACAUAUCCUGCCAACAAUAACAGCAAGAUCCUAGUCUCUCUCGAUAAGAUUUUUCGAGUUCUUGCUUCUAAUCUUUAAGGAAGCAAAUUGGCUUAUCUGCCAUCAAUUGAACUUGUGUUGCAAGCGAGUGAGAAGAAUUUUGCAGGUCGUAACACAUCACAUAUAGGCAACUUUAUAUCGUGACUAGCCGCCCUCAGACAUGUAAAAUACUUUCUACCUGUUACUUAACAUUAACAAUGCCGUGCUUUGUCUUAUAGAGACCUUUGGCUCUUCAACUGCAGAUGAUAACUUUCAAAUUCAGUAUCAAGACUAAAUUCAUUUUAUUUUGAAAAGUUUCAACCAGCUGUUAAAACAUUUUGAUGCGGUCAGUAAAAAAAUUGUCAAAAUUUCGUUUGUGAUAUGCAACAAACUUCAAGAACCCGUUUACAGAGCAGAAAGGAUGUAAUUCAUUUAGAAUUGACAACUGUGGUUGCAGUUUUUUUUUUUCAGGCUGUGAAGUAAAGCUGAAAUUUCGCGAAAAGAAACUCCAAAACAAAGCCCUCUUUAUAUUAACUCACAGUUCUUGAAGCAGAUUAAAUUUGAACGUAGUUGUUUACACUGAAAGAUUUAUUAAAUAUAAAUAAAAAUAAAAAUUUUAUCCUAAAUUUUACACAAUUCUUUUUCUGGCAGGAAAUGAAAGAAGACUACAAGAGAUUUCAGAAUUAUACCAGAGGAUUUCAUUCGGACUUUCUUAUGAAAUAA